CUCACACUCUUAUCAGUCUAUUGCUCCAACUUGACUUAGUCGUAUUAAGUCAUGAUAUCGUUAAACGCACUCAAUUAGUUCCAAACGAAAAUGUCUACACCUAUCGCGUUUCUAAUAAUUACCUGCGCAUUAUUAAUUAGUGUUUGUUCGGGAGAUCUGUGCUCAUUCGUGGAUCCAAUUAAAAGCUGCGAGUGCUACUAUGAUGGUCAACACUUUUCCGCGCAAUGCAUCCGCACCAAAUUGCAAGCGAUCCCUAGCACCCGAGACAUUCCUAAGGACCUUGAACGUCUGGACGUUUCCUAUAAUCAAAUCGAAAAGUUAGAAUUCGAUGACCCUAAAUACGAAGGGAGAUUAAUUCGCGUUUUCCGUGCGGCCUUCAACUCCAUCUCAGCCUUGCCCAAGCAGUUCCUUAAUGCCUUACCGCACCUCACCACCCUGGACCUGAGUCAUAAUCAGAUAACGCAAUUGGAGGCCGACGCCUUCGCCAGCGUUGGCAGUCUACACACGCUCGAUCUGAGUUUCAACAGUAUUCAAACACUGCCGGACGCUGUGUUUGCCCACGCAAGGGACUUGAGGUAUCUGGAUUUGAGCUACAACGAUAUCGGGCAGCAACUGCAGAGGUAUACAUCGUUGAAUUCCUCCGGAUUGGGUUUCAAUGAGAAUAUGCAAACGGUGCGGUUGAAUGCGAUUAAUUUGACCGAAGUACCAAACGCAUACUUUGAGAAUAUGUCUUUGGUUAGUGUGGCACUGGCUGACAAUGCUAUCGUUGAUGUGCCAUUACUUCCGACAACAUUGAUUGAACUCGAUCUAUCGGGGAAUCAUUUUGUUAGCAUUGCUCCACGACAUUUAAUUUACACACAACUGAAGUCUCUGAAACUAAACCUGAAUAAUUUGGAAAACAUUGAGAAUUAUGCGUUUUAUAAUUUAAUCUCAUUAGAAGUGUUGGAGAUUGAACAUUGUCCCCUACUGAAAACAUUCAACGAUAUGGCAUUUGGUGUGAUAAAUGGAUAUGAUGAAUACAAUUUGACGAGAAUAUCUUUGAAUGGAAAUUCGUUGAGGAAAUUAAACGAAACUUAUUUUCACAUGUUUAAUAAGAUUGAACAGGUUGACUUGAGCAGUAAUCCGUGGAUAUGCGACUGUAAUGUGAUUUGGUUUAAAUGGGUCAAGCCAAAGUUGAUUAAUCAGCGAAGCAUGAGAUGUGUGGCACCAAAAAGAUUGCGCAAUCAUGAAGUUAUGGAGCUUGACGAUGAAAAACUACCAAAAUGCAAUGUUCAAUCAAACCUCCGCGUUCAGAAAAUACUCACAUCAGUAAUUUGCAUCUUGGUCGUUUUUCUUUUGGGAAUUAUUAUGUAUUUGAUAUAUUUGCAUCCGUAUAAGGGUAAUCGUCCCGCUGGAUACAUUGGUCAACAGUCACCAUAUAGUACUAUGGUAGUACGUGAUGAAAAUACUUAUUUAGAACAGAUUUAAGCUUGGAUUUGAAAUAAAUGAACUUUUUAUGUUUAA